GGCCAUGUUCUUCUUCCCCACGAAAGAAGGAUCUGCCCAGGGGGCAAAAUCCUCCUUCAUCGCCAGUAGAGAAGAAUGAACAUGGCGGCUCCCAGGGGCAAGUAAGAGAAGAGAAGAGAAGAGGGCUUAGAAAUCAAAAAAGAAGACCAAGAGAAAAGCAGAUCAAAGGGGGAAGGGCGAAAAAAGAACCUACCUGGAGAUCCACAGGUUGAAGCAGCUUUCAAGGAUGAUGGACCUCAAUGUGUUGCCUCCCGAUCUCAAUGAGUUGCCAAAUGAUGAUGUCGAGUUUGUACAUUCAUGGGUUUUCACACAGCCUCGUCAAGAUCAUGGCUUGAUGAACGAUGUUGAUGUCAACAUGCAGUCAGAAAGCCAUACACUUGAGGAAACAAACACCAUAGUUGCGGAACCUACUAAAACAGAACUAAGGGCAGGGGCAGUUGGUGUUGAUUGAAAUGCUAUGGAUGAAGAUGUGGCUGGUUCUCAGCCAAUGGAGCCAUUUGUUGGGAUGAGAUUUGACACUCUGUAGGGUGCUAAGGAUCACUACAAUGAUUAUGCCCUAAAGAUGGGUUUCUCUAUUAAGAUGAACACAUCAAGGAGGAAUUCUUAUACCAACAUAUUGGAGAAAUAGCAAGUUGCAUGUAACAAGUUUAGGAAGCCAAAAGAGGAUGAUGCAGGAGCUGAAUUGCCACCUAUGCUAGAUCCUAUACCAGACCCCAAACCUUUGGGUGAAGAAGAAGAAAUGGAAGAAGUGCCAAUAUUCAAUGGAGAGGAUAUUGGAAAAAAGAAUAAUAAGAAGAAGCGCAAGAGAGAAAGGAUAAAGCAAACACAAUGUAAGGCAAAAAUGUUGGUUAAAUUGAAGGAUGGGCGGUGGGAAGUAACCCACUUUGUCCGUGAUCAUAAUCAUCCGUUGGUCCCUAAGCCUUCGCUCUCCAAAUACUUGCGAUCUCACAUGGGUAUACCGCCGGAGGAAAAGAAGUUCCUGGAGAUACUCCACAACUGCAACCUGACUUCAGGCCGUAUGAUGACUAUCAUGUUAGAGUUUUAUGGCUCGGAGCUAAAUGUACCAUAUGGACCUAAAGCAAUAACAAACUUAUGUGUCGGCUUCUCCAAAGACUCGACGAAAGAGGGGGACAUCAUUCAGACAAUUGAGCAUUUUAAAGAGUUGCAAAAAGAUGAUCCAGACUUUUUAUAUAAUAUAAAAUAUGAUCUCGAAGGAAGGGCAGAAAACAUUUUUUGAGUGGAUGGCUUGGCACGGAAAGCUUAUACGGAGGCAUAUCAUGAUUGCAUCUCCUUUGACACAACCUACAUGACCAAUAUGUACAACAUGCCUUUUGCUCUGUCCAUUGGAAUCAACCGUCAUGGGCAAUCUUUCAUGUUGGGCUACACGUUUGUGAGGCAAGAAAUGGAGACCAGCUUUGAUUGGGUUUUUGGAGCUUUCCUAGAGGCUAUGAAUGGAAGGGCAUCGGAUAACAUCAUUACUGAUCAAGAUGUGGCAAUGAAAGAGUCCAUAAAGAACAUAUUUCCCACAAGUGUGCACCGGUGUUGUCGGUGGCACAUCAUGAAAAAAUCUCAAGAGAAAGUUGGAUGGUUGCUAGGCCAGAACCCGAGAUUGUCUGAAGAUUUCAACCUUUGCUUUGGUUUCAGUUUCACACCAGAUGAGUUUGAACAGAAUUGGGUUGCGUUGAUGAUGAAAUAUGAGGCAAUUACACACACCCAUUUUGAGAAGCUAUAUGAAUAUAGGAACACUUGGGUGCCAUGUUACUUCAAGCAUAGAUUUUUCCCGUUCUUGCAGUCUACACAACGAAGUGAGGGGUUCAAUGCAGUCUUGAAGCGGUAUGUCAACCCUCACAAGUCAAUUCUGAACUUUGUGAAGCAGUACCACAAAAUACAGACGCACAUCCUUGUCAAGGAAGGGUGCAAUGACUACAGGACAGAACAUCUGGAUCUUGACAUGUGGUCACAAUUCCCAAUAGAGAAGCAGGCAUACAAGACAUAUACUAGAGAUCUUUACUGCAAGUUCCGUGAUGAGUUUUCGAUGAUUGGAUGCUACAAUGCAUUCCAAAUUGGUGUGGAAACGUUUGAGCUGAGACCAAGUACAGAAUGGGUUGUGAAGUAUGGUUCCAGGAACUACUUGGUGUUGGCAAAAAUACCCGAGGGACAAUUUUCGUGUGAGUGUACCAAAAUGGAGAGGGAUGGCAUCCUUUGUUGCCACAUACUGAAAGUGUUCACACAUAUUGGGCUUGAUGUCAUCUCGGAGCAGUACAUGUUGACGCGUUGGACGCCAAUUGCUGUCCCAAGUGUGCCAAGUGCCACUAGCGAGCAACCUGAUGUAAUGCCUCCUGCCUCUCUAAAGGAAAUUAGGCAUUCUAACAUGACCUCAGACUUCCAAAAACUAGCAAAGUUUGCUUGUGGCUCUGAUGCAGCAAAAGGCAUUGUUGAUAAACACAUGCGUGCAGCACGGACAGAGAUUGUGCAGCUGAACAAGUCUAGAAGGAAAAAAGGGCUGCAAGAGAGGCAGGUCCGUCCGCUGGUGAUAACAACAAGGAUCCUCCCGUGCCGCCUACAUCUACAGGGCCUACUCCAACAACUACCCCUACUGGACGUGCUCCACUGCCUACUCCCAUGGGCUGUGGUGGCCCACCUCCUCCCAUGGAACGUGCUGGUCGUGGUCCACCAUGUCCUCCCAUGGGUCGUGCUACUCAUGCUCUAGUGCCUCCUCCCAUGGCUCAUGCUGAACAGCCUCCUCCGAUGGGUCAUGGUGGGCCAUGUGUGAGUAAUGCUUCGGCACCUCUUCCUAUGGGUAACACAACACAAGGCCAUACUAACUGCACUAAGCGGAUGUCGCCUACGAGCAACGACGAUGAGGUUGCAACUCCUAGGGAUCCGCCAAAGCCAACUACAAAAGGGAGGGCAAGGAGUAGACGCUACCAUUCAGCUCUUGAACUGCACCCUAAAAGGAAAAACAGGUGCAGCUACUGCAACUCAGAUAACCACAAUGCUACUAGCUGCCCUGCAAAGUUGGCGUGACAACUUGGUGACAUAUAAGCAAUAUA